UACUGCUUAAGCAUCCAGGCAAAGUACAUCGAGACGCAGGCUGAAAUCAAGUUUGUCUUCUAGAAUGACUAACUAUAUCCACGUACCCGCCUGUUCCCCUGCAGUUCCCAAAUUAGAUAUUACUGUAGAUGAUAAAGAUAUCAGUGCAGGAGCAAUGAAACUGAUUAAGGAACUGAGACCCAAUUGGGAUCCGUCAGAGGUCAAAAUGAAGCUUUUCACAGAUGGCAUUACUAACAAGCUCAUUGGCUGUUAUGUUGGCGAGGGGAUGGAGGAUGUAGUCCUGGUAAGGAUAUAUGGCAACAAGACUGAGCUUUUUGUGGAUCGUAAGAAUGAAGUGAAGAGUUUUCGUGUGCUGCAUGCUCACAACUGUGCACCCCCUCUCUACUGCACUUUCAACAAUGGUCUGUGCUAUGAGUUCAUGCAUGGGACUGCCCUUGACCCAGAAGACAUCCGCCAACCAGAGCUUUUCAGGCUAAUAGCCAGACAGUUGGCCAAAUUCCACGCUAUUCAUGCUCACAACGGCUGGGUCCCGAAGUCCAACUUGUGGAUGAAGAUGGGGAAGUAUUUUUCCCUUGCUCCUACUGAGUUUGAGGACAAAGCAGUAAACCACAGGUUCCUAAAUGAAGUCCCUAGUUCUCAAGAGUUGCAGCAGGAGAUGGCCUGGAUGAAGGAAUGUCUCUCAGGUCUGGGUUCCCCUGUGGUUUUCUGUCACAAUGACCUCUUGUGCAAAAACAUUAUCUUCAAUGAGAAAGGUAAUGUAAAGUUCAUUGACUAUGAGUAUGCUGGCUACAACUACCAGGGCUUUGAUAUUGGGAACCAUUUUAAUGAGUUUGCAGGUAUAAAUGAGGUGGACUACAGCCGCUAUCCCAGCAAGGAGCUGCAAAUGCAGUGGCUGAAAGCCUACCUUGAAAGUUACAAAGAAUACAAAGGCCAGGGUUCUCAGGUCUCGGAGAAAGAAGUGGAGGUUCUCUAUGUUCAAGUCAAUCAGUUUGCUCUUGCUUCUCACUUCUUCUGGGGACUGUGGGCUUUGAUCCAAGCUAAAUACUCAACUAUUGACUUUGAUUUCCUUGGGUAUGCAAUUGUCCGCUUUAAUCAGUAUAUCAAAAUGAAGCCAGAAGUGACAGCCUUGAACUUCCCAUAAUAAUCCAUCCUCAAUCAGAAAGUCAUCAAGUGAAUCAUCACAGAAGAAGCAAUGGUGUGCAUGUUGGCUCUCCGUGGACCCUAGAUAAGCAGUUGCUCGACACGACCCAUCUUUGCUGAAAACAUUAACUCAUCAGCUUAGUCCAGCACCAUUUUAUCUCCAAGGUGGAAGGCAGCUUGACAUGCUGUAAAAUCAUGAAGGGGUUUUGGAUCACUUUGUCAAUAUAUGUUCUACAGGGAGAUAUGGAUUAUUUCUAAUUUAAGGCUGUAUUUUUGUCACGGUUAUCACAGAUUUCAUGAUUUCUAUGACAUUUGUUGUAUAAUAACUGUAGAGAAAAAUGAUCAAUUUUCAAUGUAACAACACUAUUUUCUUUGCUUUUAAUACAUAUUAUGUUUAAUCUUGAAAUCUAGUUUUAGAUCUCCAGUGUAAAAUUAGAUAAACAGAAGUCCAGAUAGUCAGACCACAUGAAAACCCAAUACAUUGAGCUUGCACAAAAAUACAUUCUUUACAUAUUCUGUUAUUUAGGAGCAACUUCUGACUAAGUUUCAGCAAAUUGGUAUUUGCUGUCUUCCUAGAUUUUUGGACCAAAUGUUUUCUUUGUGUAUAUGUAUUGUUUGAUUGUGUGGAAGUGUUGAUGGUUCAAAUAUUGCAAUUAACUGUAAACAGAAAACCUGUUAGUUUUCAGAAAGAUUAAAAAUAAAGGAACUUAUUACAUUAUUAUUUUAAUAUGAAUGCUCACUUUGCAAUCAAUGAUCGGAAAUCUGGCUUAAAGAUUGUCACACUAUUAAAUUCUUAGUUGUGAACAAUUUCACACUGACUGAAGUGCUCACACUUCUGCUUGUAUAUAGUUAUAAAAAUAAUUUCUACAUUCAAGUUACUAGUUUGUAACCUUUAUUUUGAUCAAAAUGGCGUAUUUUAAAAUACCAAAUUAAAAUGAAAGAUUGUGUUAGAGCUACAACUUCUUUUGGGUGCUUCAGGCACUAAGUUUAUUAAUAAACCUGUUUAUCAUGGUUUACAAAUAAAACUCUGAAUGGAGAAAUAAUGCCUUAAUGCACAACAGGUCUAGUUUUUCAGAUUAAAUAAAGCACAUUACUAUUUUUCUUAUGCACAUGUAGACAGGAGGAAGGUAAACGUGAGGUAAUGUGAUUUAUUUUCCACAGUUCGUGUUUAACUAGUUACGUGUCAAGCGAUGGAGGUUGCUUAAAGGCAUCACUGAUAUCAAAGCAACAUGGAUUCCUAUUAAUAUACUGAAAGUAAUAUUGCUAUUCUGAAAUUGGCAGUUAUAAAAAAAAAAAAAAGCUAAAGCUGCUUUAUGAGUCUCGUCACUCUUGUUUUUAGAUGCUUGUAAAAUAGCAGUAAAUUAUUAACCAUGUUGCUUUACCUAAUGAACAAGAUGAAGUAGUUUGGUUUUAAAAAAAAUAUCUUCUAAAGUACAAGUACCAGCUUCACUUUUUAGGCAUUCUACUUAAGGCUACGAUUUUAUAAUGGCAGUCACAGAAAUCGUGAAUUUGGAAAAAAAAAAAAAGUAAAAACACUUGAUUAGGCACUUCCUUUAUUUCCUUUAAAACAUGCAGUGUGCCAUGCACUGAAAAUAGAAAUCUGUGAGUAUCUGUAAAUUGUUUGGAUCAUACGGUACUUCUGUUGCAGAUGAAUGUGAUACGUCCGGCGCAGACAGCUAGGUGUGCAGCUUCACUUCCUGCUAUAUGGGAAGCAUCAUGCCACAGCCCUUUUGACUGCGCAGAGUGGUCGCAGCUGUUGUUCAUACUUUAAAUACAGUUCUUUUGCAAAAUUGGUUAAAUGUACUGUGGCAGAGCACAGUUCUGCUUUUUAGAAAUUGGCAGGGAUGGGGUUAAAUUUCCCUACCUGCCUUGGU